AUGGUGCUCAGCCGCUCAUCUGCUGCCAGCAUUGCAUUGACCACCUUCGUUCCCAUCUACCAGAAAAGAAAAGAAAAACCAGGCACAUCACAAGGUCGCCCUCUUCAGCUCUCUCCAAGUGGGGGCCUCAUCCGUGGCGCCUCCAAUGAUGGCACUAGCCUUUGCGCUGAUCAAGAGAUGACGCUUCGCCUGUGGCCCGGUCCCUGGCCGACAGCGCCAGCGCCAACGCCAUCUUGUCUCUGA